UAUUCUUUCAAACAAAGUAUUUGGUCUUCGGUUAGUGCUGAAUGCAAGGAUUUAAUUUCUAAAAUGUUACAAGUAGAUCCAAAAACUAGAUAUAGCAGUUCCGAAGUUCUUAAUCAUAAAUGGUUACAGGAUCCUGAUGUUAUUAAGCGUUAUAAUGAUUUAUUAAAUCAGGAAAAUGAAAAACAAGAAAUUACUGUUUCUGAUUUGGAAGAUUCAAUAAAUGAACAUUAUAAUAAUUCUUGUCCUGAAAAUUGUCUAGAUAUAAUAGAACCACCUGCCAAACGUCAUCGAAGUCUACUUAUUUUUUAGCGAUUCAAAAGUUUGAUUUGUUAUCAGUAUUAAAAAGAACAAAAUGUACAUGCUACAUACAAAGGUACUUCUAUGCUCUAAGUAAUAAAAUGACAUAAAAAAUUACAUUUAAAAUAUGAAAUAUUUUUAUAAAUAAUAGUGAAUAAUACUUUUGAUAAUUGCAC